GGCUGAAAGUUUGUCGCGGCCGCUCGAUGUGAAGGAAUGUGAGGCGGCGAGAGCAGCGCAAGGAGAGGCACUGGGCCUUGAGCCUGUCGAAAAUUGAAGAUGGCUGCGCAAGUGCUCGAGCAAUCUGGUGGGACCAGUAUGUUUUCUCGCUCCACUGUUGGAAUUUCUUCAGAUGAGGAAAUAUGUGGCCUUAAUUAUCUUUCCAAGAAUGACUUGACAGCAGCACCACAGCUGGUUAUGUUGGCAAAUGUUGCAUUAACUGGUGACAUAAGCUGUUAUGACUACCAUGGCGAGGUUAGACAGAUGGCCGAAUUGAAAACGGUAGACAGCAAUUUAUCUGACAAUGAGGAUGAUUUGAGAACUGAUGUCAAUAAUGCUUUGCAAUCUGAAAGUCUAAGUGCAGAAGAUCAAGCCCUGCCAAGUGUUGCAACAAAGGACAAUUCUGAGAGUUUUUCUCGAGACACUGGUGACUCAGGUACAGAUUCAACAGAAAUUGUAAAUCAGGAGAACUUGGCUGACAAGAGAAAAAAACCAAAACCAUUUCGCUGUCGCCCAUGCCAGUAUGAAGCUGAGUCCAAGGUGGAGUUUGUGCAUCACAUCAAAAUACAUAGUGCCAAAAAGUUUAUUGUCGAGGAAAAUGCAGAAAAGCAAACAAAAUCCAAAGUUCCAGAUCCUCUUCCUGAAGAAACUGAUAUUUCUAAAGGUCCCAUUCGUUGUGAUAGGUGUGGAUAUAAUACAAACCGAUAUGAUCAUUAUUUGGCACAUCUAAAACAUCAUGACAAGGUUGGGGAGAACGAGAAAGUUUAUAAAUGUACCAUCUGCACAUACACUACGGUCAGUGAAUAUCACUGGAGAAAGCAUUUGCGGAACCACUUUCCUCGGAAGAUUUAUACUUGUUCACAGUGCUCUUAUUUCUCAGACAGAAAGAAUAAUUAUGUGCAGCAUAUGCGAACACACACAGGUGAACAACCUUAUAAGUGUCCACAGUGUCCUUACUCAAGUUCUCAGAAAACUCAUCUGACCAGACACAUGCGUACGCAUUCAGGUGAGAAGCCAUUUAAAUGUGAUCAAUGUAACUACGUAGCAUCAAACCAGCAUGAGGUGACAAGACACGCCAGGCAAGUUCAUAAUGGACCCAAACCUUUAACUUGUCCUCACUGUGAAUAUAAAACAGCUGAUCGCAGCAACUUCAAAAAGCACGUUGAGCUCCAUGUGAAUCCACGUCAGUUCCUGUGCCCUGUCUGUGAGUAUGCAGCUUCCAAAAAAUGCAACUUGCAGUAUCACAUCAAGUCUAAGCAUCCGCACUGCAGUGAUAUUACCAUGGAUGUGUCAAAGGUGAAGUUGCGCACCAAGCGAGUUGAGCUAGACAUUCCUGUUGCUAAAAUGGGAAAGAAAAUGUCAGACAAACUGCAACCUAAAAGAGCUGAGAAUCCAGAGGAGAAGAUUGCUCCCAAAGAUGAUAAAAGUACAUCUGUGUCAAAGGAGCAAGGUUUUACCUCAAAGAGUCAAAGGAUAAAGACCCGAAGUCAUACAGUUUCUAAUAACAAGAUCCCAUCCAAAAAAAGGGAAACGAAUGCAGAGAAGAUCAAGAAAAUAAAAGGUAGCAAAAGAAAGAUUUGCUCAACAGAUGUGCCUUUGCAGGAGAAGUCUGUAGUUGAGACCCAUACAGCAGCGAAAAAGAGGAAAAUAUGGAAAACUAAAGAGUUUGUUGAACAUGAAACAAAGAGAAGCAAAGUCAAAUUAGAAAAGUCCUUGCACAAGAAAAAUCUUAAGUGCAAGCAAAGUCAGAAGAAAAACAAAAAGAAUAAAAGUACUCAUGUAAUUUCUGCUGAUGAUUCAGAAAAGAAUAAGAAACAGCGUGAACAUCAGCCAAAUCUGUUGAAGAAGAAAAGAGAUUAUUCCAGAAGCUCUUCAUUCAGUUAUCCUAGUACUGAAAAUGUGCAUAAGAGAGAUACCCAAGAUUCAGAAUCAAUGAUAGAUAUUCUGAUGACUGAAAUUUCAGUGAAAACUGCUGUUGAACAAAAUGAUAUGCAGUUUGCAAAAAGUACCUGUGAAAUAUUGUCAACAAUUUCAAAAGAGUCCCAAAUGUCUCCUGAUCAGUUAACUGACUCUAAGUCAAAGGAACACAUGUUUAUUGAAAAAAUGAACAAAAAUGAGUUGCUUUCUGUAGAAGAACUUCCUGUAGUUAACACAGAACAAAUUUGGAUUCCUUCUCAUAGUUCUGGGAAGAGAGAAUAUGUAACAAAUUCAUCCAAAAUCUGCAAUACAGACUCAAAGGUGAUGAGUGAAGAGUCUAACUUAACUUCUGAUUUUGAACAAGAAAGGGCUGUUCAGGUGAUCAAUAUUGAAUUUCCUAUCUCAUACAAUCCAGAUAAAGAUGAGAAUUGCACUGGUCACCAGAUGGAAGUCCAGGUUAAUGCCAAUGAGCAGAAGGAGGCCCAGGCUAUUGGCACAAUGCAGAUGGCCAUCCAGACUAGCAUGGUUGAGCAGAUGGAGGUCCAAACUCAUGCCAGUGAGUGGAUGGAGGUCCAGGCUAAUGCCGGUGAGCAGGUAGCGGUCCAGAUGAGCACGGUUGAGCAGGUGGAGGUCCAGGAUAAUGCCGGUGAGCAGGUGGAGGUCCAGGAUACUGCCAGUGAGCAGGUGGAAGUCCAGGAUACUGCCAGUGAGCAGGUGGAGGUCCAGGCUAAUGCCGGUGAGCAGGUGGCGGUCCAGGCUAGUGCCGGUGAGCAGGUGGCAGUCCAGGCUAAUGCCGGUGAGCAGGUGGCGAUCCAGGCUAAUGCCGGUGAGCAAGCGGAGGUCCACGCUAAUGCUGGUGAGCAGAUUGAAGUCCGGGCUAACAUCUCUGAGCAGCUGACAGUUCAGGCUGACCAGAAAAUAUUGAAGUUUGCUAAUGUUCCAGCUAACCACGGUAAACUCCAGGAUAGUGCUAAUGAAGUCCAGGAUACUGAGACUAACCAGUACAAGCUCCAAUGUGGUAGUGAUAAGGUCCAGAAUAGCAAAGAGGAUCAGAACAAAAAACAGGACAAUUAUGAGAUGGUAGAAAUGGAUGAAGAUGAAGGUAUUCACAGCCAUGAAGGAAGUGAUAUCAGUGAAGAUUCAGAAGGAAGUGAUGACUCUGGCCUAAACGGAGCAAAGUCCAUUCCUGGCGACAAGACCAACAAAAGAACACUAGAAAAUGAUGUGGUGGAUGCUCCAGAGAGUUUUGUUUGCAUAUUCUGUGAUCGCAUGUUCAGUGUGAAAGGAGAGUUUACCAAGCACCUUAACCGCCACUUGGUAAAUGUAUACUAUCUUGAGGAAGCAACAAAAGGCCAGGAAUGAGCAGAGGCUUGAGAUUUGGCAAGCUUUCCCAGAAUAUUAAUAAUUGCUAUGAAGUGAUACAGUUCACAUUAAUGCAAUUGGAUUUGGGAUAUUUUGCUAAACACCUCAAUUGUUCAUUGCUGUAAUUGCAUGUAUUUCCUGCUUUUUCAAGUUUCUGGCUAAUACUUCAGAGGUAGUACAACAGCAUUCAUUCACACAUGGUGGCUAAAUAUAUUAAUCAUGCUUUGUAGCAGUUUAAUCACCACUGAUUUUGAAUUUUCAUUGCACUAUUAUUACUCAAGAAAUUUAUUUCAUUUAAUCUAUUCUGUUCCACCCCAUUGUAAAUAUUGGUAACACUGGACAUUGAAUUUAUUUUCUGUUUUUACAUGACCCAGGGUUUAAGCUGAUACACAAUGAUUAUUAUAGCUGUUCAUAAUUUUAAAAAACUCAAGAUAAUGGUUGAAUGAAAGAAAUUAUGUCAGAUGUUUGAUUUGGAUAUUUCUAAUGGCAAUGUUAAAAUGAAGACCCCUCAUUGAGUAGUUUUGCAUUUCGUGGGCAUUUAAUGCAUCUGUGCUGAAAGUGUAUUUUAAUUUUUAUGUACAAUGCGUGGAAUUAGCCCAUUUUCAUUGAGUUACAUUAACAAUAUUACAUAGUUUUCCCAUUUUAGUUUUGAAUCAUAACAAACAUUUUUACAUUGACAGUUCAGAGAGCAUUCUCAAGGUAACAUGUUAAAAUAUCCUGCUUUUCAUUCGAGUCACUGAAGUGAGCACUUUGUAAGAUGAUAUCACAUCUCAAAUAGCUAAUGUUACAGGCCAUGAAAUUGUUUUAGGAGUUUGUAGCAAACAGUUCUCAGCAGCCACAGAGGAAAAUGAUCCAAUAUGGUGCUUUACAGCUUAUAAAAUUGCACGAUAUAAUUAAUCAACUAUGCAAUAUAAUUAAAUAGUAGUAGUUUAUAUAUAGUAAUGUUUUUUCUGUAUCAUGUUUUUAUAUUUGGAUGUUUAACCAGCAUUUGGGACUUGACGAUUAACCAAACCACUGUGCCACAAGCUGUUUGGGGGAAAUUGUCCUGGUAAAAUGCUAAAAUAUGUUUGAUCUGUAUUGAGCAUUGACACAGUUUUCAAAAGGUAAAUGUCAAGCACCCCAAAUAAGCAGAGGUGUAAAAAUCGCUGUCUUGCAUCCUUUUUUAGCCGAAGAGCUAUAUUUCAAUUAUGCUCUCUUGCUGGCAUUCUGUGCUGUAGCACGUAGAGCUUUUGGCAACCUGGAUUUUCCUUGUGGCCAUUUGUAGAUCGGUUAUUAUAAAUGGAAUUGAUUUUGUCCCAACUUAUUGCGGUCAUCUGUUUCUAAUUAGUGCACCAAGUAUAAUGGCCUUUUCUUUAUACAAGGACUUUUCGCAGUUUUGAUGUUGCACUCAAUUCUUAGCUCCCUGUGUACACAUUGAUGAUUUUGUAGAUCUGGCAGAAUUAUUGGAAUGCAACGCGUUGAAAGAUUUGCUCACCUCUGAUCUACUUAGUUUGUGAGUUGAUAUGGCCAAAGAACACAAAUUACUGUGAUUACCAUGUGUUUUUUUUUCUUCUGACUUGAUGAUGUGUAAACUGUUUGGAGUAGCCACUUUCGUUAAAGAAUAUGGAGAACAGUUUAAAUGCUGAAAAGCAUUUUCUUUGCUUUGACAAUCAUGUUGACAAACUCAUUGUAUAUCUGUGAUCAAAUUACAUUGAUUUUUAACUGUAAUUUGCUUCAUAUAGUUUGUGGUACUCUAUAAAAGUUUUUGAAUUCAUUUUAGUAACAUACUAAAAUUUGAUUACAGUUAAAAAUCUGUGAUAUUACAGUUUAAAUAAUGAAUGCUGUAAGAGGUCUGGAGGGUCUGCUCAUGCUAAUAUGAAGCAUGCUUGUCCUUUUCAGUUCUAGAAUACUACUUAGCAUCCUCAUUUCGAUACUAAAAUGUUAAUGGAUACACCAGCAACCCAGUAUUUCCUGUAGUAGGUAGGUAGCACAUGGCAAUUAUGUAGAUAAAUAUUAUUUGUUUAACAUAAUUAGAAACUGCAGAUUGUCACAGUGGAAGAUUUGUGUCCAAUGUUGAAUCUUGCUCGCCCUCUAUAAAAGCCAAUUGAACAGAAUUGGUUAGUUGAAGUGAGAUUUUUUUUGUUAAGAAAAUUACUUUCCAAUUCCAAAUUUACACAUUGUGGAAAAUGGCAAUAGCAUAGGUUAAGAAGGAAAAAUCCACAGUUGUUACUACUGAAUUCAGCAAUAAGCUUUGUUUUUUUUUGCCUGCUCCCUGGUAAUGAGAUCAUGUCACGAGACCAGUGACAAUGCUGUAAACUUUAUUCAAGAACAAACCUUCCACUAUAAGGGAGAUUUUUUUUGUCCUAUAUCCAGGUGCAUUGUUUCAUUGGGCACAACAAAAUCAAAAAGAUUGGAGUAGGUGUAAAAGGAAUCUUGCCUGUUUUUCUGAUUGUUGAUGAUGAUGAUUAGUAGAUUUAGGAAAAUCUGCACACGUUCUACUGGACAGCCAUUAAUUAAUAAAAGCCUCUGAUCUCUUCAGUAAUGGACAGCAGCUUGCCAAAAUUGUAAUUUUGUUGUUCAACUACAAAAAAAUUGUUAAAGACAAAAUAGUUUGCAUAAUCAAUAAUUACUUUCAUUGUGCUCAAAGUCUUGAUCCAUUGUAAGAAUACUGAGAGUGACCUGCUAUAUAUCAGAUCUUGAAGGUCUUACAAAGUGUUGAAUUUAUGCACUUUUCUGUGUAAUAUUAAAAGUAUCAGAUGGCAUCUCUAGAUUUCUAAACAUGUUCAGUUUCUAUUCAAACAUUUGAAUUACAGUUGCCAACAACAGCCAAGAAAUUCCUGUAGAUUUAGCUUUUCUGUUAAUUCAGUAAUGUUGGAAUUAUUAGAAUCUUAGAGCCCAUUGUGUCAGUGACAACUGAAAAAUUUAACUCUUCCCAUUCUCCUGUUAGUUCCCCACAUCUUUGCAUAUGUUUAUUUUGCAGAUAUCCAAUAUCUUCAAACUGAAAGUUACUAUUGAAUCUUUUCUACCAUUCUUUCAGGCAGUGUGUUUUAGAUUAUAACCAGUAUAAAGAAAAUUUUCUUCCUUUUAGCCCUGUUUCUUUUGUAAAUUAUCAUAAAUUUGUGGCCUCUGGAAACAGCCUUCAGCCAGUGCAGCAGAGUUGAUGAGGUGAAACUAUCGAAUACAUCUUCUAAAGCAGUUUGGGUAGCAAGGUUUGUAAGACAACAACUGUAUCAAAAGAGGGGGAGGUGGGUGUCCAUGGCUCAGUUUAUGAACCUGUUCAGAAUUCAAAAAAAUCCAACAGCUACUUCUAAUAUACUCUUGGUGAUCGUAUUUGAUACAAAGCAGAUUCAUUUAUGUGCUGGCACUGGAAUUUACCAGGAAAGGAUGAGAAUUGAAUGAGAGAUUGGCAUAGCACUGUAAUUGCUACGUUCUUGUUGAAACAGAAUGUGUAAUGGAAUAAAUUACUGUUCCUUUGUAAUCAGUUUGCCAAUAACAUUGGUUGAAAAAGCAGAGCACUUAAACUGCAUUAAAUCUGAGAGCACAACAGCUGUUGGUCCUUGACAUAAAGAAUAAUAACUUCAUGUGACAGUUGUUCCUGUGCUCUUUUCCACAAUGAAGAGAGAAGCCACGUAAUCCAGAGUGAAUUCAGUUUUAAUUCCCAGUCUGUGAUAGAGUGGUGACUGUUUAAAUACUUAAAGGCCUUGAGGGAAGAAAGUUUCCUAGGAUUGUUGCUUCUGAUCAUUUAACCCUUUUUGAAAUACAUUGGUGCUGAUGUCAGGUGAGGAAGGAAUUACAUUUGGCCCUUGCAGUGAAGUUAGUGAUUUAGUUUUCAACAAACUGAGGAAAAUAACAUGUUACUACUUGUCUUAAAACUUCACUGCAACAGGGUGUAGUGGUAUUGUAUGUUAUUUCAAAAUAUUUGUUGAUUUCUGAACUGUAAAAUGUUUGGUAGAAAAUGAAGUAUCAAGUCCAAGAACAUGCAUUUUUGACUUGAUCUUCAAUAUCUUCAUGUAGGCAUUGUAAAAUAUAACAAAAAAAAAUCUUAUGGUCUGCAGUUAGUCAUCGUUAACUUCAUUUUGCCAGCCAUAACCUGAAGGAGCUUCUGUUAUUUGGGAGGCAGUAGAGAUCAUAUUAUUUAGUCUUGGUGGAGGAGGAAAGGAAUCAUACAAUUUCCAAGUUGUAGAAAGAAUAUUUAACAAGAAAUAUUUGUUGACUCAUUUUAUACAUUCUCUGGAUGUAGGUAUUGCUGGUAGGAUCAGCAUCUGUUGACCAACCGUGUUCUCUUUGAGAAACUGGUGGUCAGCUGCUGUCUUGAACUACUGCAGUCAUUAUGGUAAUAGUCCACCUUCUCUUGGGUAGAAUAAUAUCAGAACAUCAUAUGCAGUCUUAGCACAUGUUACAAUGCAUACUAAAUUUGCCAUGUUUUGUUGAGUGGUUAGAAAUGAAGUGUGACAUAUGAUUACAGAGAUACCAAUGAGGAUGGAUAGCUAAUGACAGCAGGCAGGAACACUACAGAAAACCAGUAGGCUAAUAUUUAGCUUUGAGCAAUGUUUAAACUGGAUAACUGCCAGAAUAACAAGCAGCAUGCAGAUGCUAUAGUAGUCACUGCUCUAAGAGACCUCUACAGCAUGAUUCACAAAAUAUUUUGGCUGUUCUGUACAAAAGCACUGCCAUUGGUGCUGGAUUAAAAUGGAAGCUUAUUAGUAAUUCAGAAUUGUUUUACAGCAUUAUCUGUGCAAUACUUCUGUUUUUCUGAAGAUACCAAAGUUUAAUAGAUAACCUACUACUGUACUUCACUCUUUUCAGAUUAAUAAAUAGAAUUUUGAUUUCAAGGGUAAAUGUUUGUCAAAGAAAAUGACUCCGACAGUUGUGUUGGACAGAAUAAAACUGUCACAGUUUUAGUACAAAGACUAUGUGUAUAAAGAGGAUAUUUUUCACUAUUUGCCAUUUUGUUAACUAAAGUUAAAAUGAAAACUAAUUUCUUUCUGUAACUUUCUAAAAAGCAUCAUAGUAUUUAGCAAAACGUUUGCU